UCCUGUGGCCGGGUUACUCUCUUCUCUUUCUGUCAUGCUUUAUUUUUAGCGAAUCACUGAACUAAAAACGUUCUCAGAGACAGAGUGGGACAAGCAUGGAUUUAAUGGAAUUGUUUUUAAUUGCCCUUGGUGCUGCAGUGAUUGUCUGCUAUGGAGUGAAACUGCUGCUUUUCAGCAGGAUGCUUUUCCCUAAAAUGUGGUUUCCACUGUCGAAAUCUUUUUUCACCUCAAUGGGAGAGUGGGCAGUGGUGACUGGUGCUUCAGAGGGAAUAGGAAGAGCAUAUGCCUUUGCGCUGGCGAAGCAAGGAAUGAACGUGGUAAUCAUGAGUAGAACCAAAGUAACAUUGGACCAGGUGGCUAAGAAAAUAGGUGAUACUACAGGGCAGAGGGUGAAAGUGAUAGUAACAGACUUCAUGAAGGACAAUGUCUUCAGUGAAAUUGAGGAUCAGCUUAGGGACCUCAACAUUGGGGUUUUAGUCAAUAAUGUAGGCACGCUGCCAAACUUCAUCCCCUGCAAAUUCCUUGAAUCUGCAGAUCUGGACCAGGCUAUUACAAAUGUGAUAAACUGCAAUGUGAAAACUAUGGCCAAGAUGUGCAAAAUAUUCCUCCCAGGCAUGGAGAAAAGGGGAAAAGGGGUGAUCGUGAAUAUUUCCUCCGGAGUUGCCUCUAUUCCAUUCCCCCUGUACACCCUGUAUGCUGCAUCUAAGGUGUUUGUGGAAAGAUUUUCUCAAGGUCUUCAAGCUGAAUACAAAGACAAAGGGAUUAUUAUACAGACAGUGGCUCCAUUUGGGGUCUCCACUCGAUUGGCGGGUUACCAGUCAACCAACAUAGUGACGCUGUCACCAGAGGACUUCGUAAAAAGCUCCCUGCAGUACCUCCGAGCUGGAGACAAAACACACGGCAGUGUGUGUCACACAGUUCUGGGCUGGUUACUGCAGUCUAUUCCUCUCAAGGUUCUCUAUUCUGAGUUGAUGCUACACAGCCUACAAGACUAUGUCAAGAAAAAAACGGCACUGACGGCACAAAGUUCAACUUUUGAAAGUGACAAAAAUAAAUAACCAGGAUCAGCAAUGAAAAGACAUUUGGCUUGAAUAUUUCACACUGUAAAUCAAAUUAUAAUUAUGCAACUGGAGCUAAACCUAUGUCUUCUGUUUUUCAUUUAAGUCCUUAAAGUGAAUAUUAGUAGUAGUAGUAGUAUUAGUUACUGUACAGUAGUACUUUUUGUUUUGAUAUUUUGUUCCAUUGUGGGCAAUCUAUCCUCAGGAAAGUGUCAAUGAAGGUGCUUUUAAGUCAUAUUUUUUUAGUUCUUAAUGUUUGGAAGGAAUUUAUGAAGGCCUAUCUCUGCCUCAUGUCAAAUACAUAUCUUUAUAUAGUCUACUCUUCCAUUAGAGAAACACACACUCCACUAUUUAAGGACCACUUGUACAAUCUAGUGCGAUCCAAUACAUGUGUGCUGUUAUAAAGUCUACUUUCAUAAUGCCUAUAAUAUUCAGGUUUUUUUAUUUUCCACUGUCAUAGAGGCAUUAAUUAAAUUAUAUGUUUUGAUGUCAUAAUUAGUGGUGGUGGUACUGAACUAUAUUAGCCUAACAUGUCUUUCUAAUAUUCUGCCCCCCUCAUGUAUAGAAAUAUGGAGGAUAAAAUGCAAUCUCCUCAGCAAUAAACAUAUAACUUUUACUAUAAUGUCAACAAAAGCUGAACAAAAUAAGUUUAAUAAUGGUAGAAAUUAUGACUGAGCUGUCGUAAUGAAUUGGAAUAAAUUGUGCAUGUGUAGCUAAUAAAGUGGCCAUUAAGUUUAAAUUUACUGCCACUCAGGGGCAUCAUGCACCCUCGGGGGCUCAGUUUCAUAACUCUGUGUGAGGGAUGUGCAAUUUCCCCUCAAAUUCAAUUUGUUUUCAUUUACUUGGAAUUGUUGUCAAUCUAUCUGCUCCAUUUUAUUGUAAGAGUUGCCAUUAAUAGACUCUUAGUUUGAAAUCAUUUGUUGACAAUUGCAAUUUCAAGUCAAUUCAAUUCAAUUUUAUUUAUAUAGCGCUAAAUCCUAACAACUGUUAUCUCAUUGCACUUUCCAUAAAGAGCAGGUCUAGACCGUCCUCUGGGGUGUUAUUUACAGAAACCCAACAGUUCCCACCAAGAGCAAGCACUAGACAACAGAGGCAAGGAAAAACUUCCAUUUAAGAGGCAGAAACCUCGAGCAGAACCAUGGCUCAGGGUGGGGGGGGCAUCUACCUCGACCGGUUGGGGGUGAGAGAGAGAGAGAGAGAGAGAGAGAGGCAGGCAGGCAGGCAGGCAGGCAGCAGGUGACUCCAACCACAGAUCCAGAGCCAGACUCCGGGAAAGGGAAGAAGUCGAGUUAGUAACAUGCAUUAAUGGAAAUUUGCUCCCUGUAUUUCCUUAAAUAGGCUACAUUUCUAUAUAAAUGUUAAAGUAGACACGAGUUGUGUUUCUGAAACUAGAACUGAAAAUAUUUGGAACAGCAAACAAGACUAACUGUUUAAAGAAUGGCAUAUUAAAAUAGUUUUUAUUAAUGCCUUAAAGUCCCAAAAUGAUUUACGGUAGGUAGACUCUACAACACAUUCUGAUGGGUCACAUAUUUCGUUGUAAGCCAUGUGUUUGAGUAUCCAGCCAGGUAUAGGGUAGCAGGAGAUUUCUUUAAAUAGGCAUAAUUGUAUUUUAAUUUUAUUUGGGACUUGUAGUUUUGGCUGAUAAUGCGGCAAAGUAAAAGAAGAUCCACUAAAAGCUUAAAGGUACAGUGACAACUUCAGAUGGAGACAAUGAUGAGAUUGUAAAUGAUUCAAAACGGACCCUCUUUCUCCUAGAGAGGUAUGUCAUAUGUCAAAUUAAUUCAAAAAUGACUUAAGGGGCGUCUGAGUAGCUCACCUGGGGGUGCAGGCGCCCAUAUGCAGAGGUUUACUCCUCAACACAGCGACUGUGGCUUCAACUCCGGCCUGAGGCCCUUUGCUGCAUGUCAUUCCCCCUCUCUCUCCCCUUUCAUGUCUCAAUCUGUCCUAUGAAAAUAAAG